UUCAGCUGAAGCCAGCGCUGCUUUUGAUUUUGAUUUGACGCUACCUGCAGGAUGCCAGGCCGCUCUCUGUAGACUGAUGUAUAAAAUCGAAGAGGCACAGAAAGAGCUCAAAGACACCAAAGGCUCACAGGAAGGGAUAUCUGAAAGCAGUCAGAGAAAUGCAGAUAACAUAAAAGGCCUGAAGAGGAAAAAGGUUGUUGUAGAGAAUCCUCUAGAGAAAAUUCCAAAAUCUCCGGUGAAGAAGCCCCUGCAGUUGAAAACAUCUGAAACUGUGCUCCACGGAGCAUCGUCCAAGGAAUCUGGACCUUCUUCUUGCUGUUCAUAUUCCAACAGUCCAUCCCACAAUCCUUCAACAUCACCCAGUGAAAAAAGAGACCCACAUUAUGCCCAACCAGUUGCAGCAUCCCCACACAAGGGGUCACCUUCCACUGACACUGAAAGGCUAAAGCAGAAAGAAACGUCGUCUAGACCACCAUCACUUGAGCCCACUGAUGACGAGGAGGGCUCGUUGAUUGAAGUGUCUCAGCUCAAAGACCGCAAGAGCCAAAACCCCAGCUUUGAGGGAGAUCCUUAUCACAGCAGUGCUUCGCUUGAUGUUCUACUGAAGGCCAUGGAGCCUGACUUUAGUACACUAGCUGAGAGGAAGAACUCCUUGCAGGUCACAGCCAUUGCAAUACCAGCUUCCACCCUUAAUGCUCAAUCCAGUGGUGAAUUAACAACAAUGCCAGCUGUCAAUGUUGGUCUCCAGAACCAACCUUCCGGUAUGCAGACUUAUUAUAUUGACAAACAAGGCAACUUUAUUGGCAUUUCAGCACCACUACAGGGAAACGUGCAGGCAUCUACACAGGGUACUCCAAUGCAGUCCUCUCCUCUCGCUACACCGCAUUUUAUGCAUGUUGCUUCAAAUCCAGAACAGCCCAGCUUGCACAUGAGCUUUAAUACCGGACCAUCCACUAUAACCCAUGCUCCUGUUCCCUCAGGCUCCAAUGCUUUGCCACAAAGUCAACCGCCAGUUGUGCACACGUGCCAGUCCCUCUCAGCAAGUGUUCCCAGCACCAUUCAGGUCCCAGUUACACCUGGCAGCAACCAAGUUCAGAUGACCACUUUAAUGAAUUUUGGUGCUGAUCAGGUUUUUAAGGACCAAAAGCCUAAGAAGCCAGGAAAGUACGUUUGUGAAUACUGCAGUCGGGCAUGUGCAAAACCCAGUGUGUUGCUCAAACACAUCAGGUCUCACACAGGAGAAAGACCAUAUCCCUGUAUUACGUGUGGCUUCUCAUUCAAAACCAAGAGCAACUUGUACAAGCACAAGAAAUCACAUGCUCAUGCUAUAAAACUUGGUCUCAUUGCACGCUCUGAAUCUGGAGGUGGAUCCCUUUCUCAAGAAUCUGACAAAGCCCUAGGAACACAUUCAGAGGCAGAGGAGAGCGGUGACAGUGAUGAGGAUGGUAGCACUGCAGACUUGGACCCUGACUCCUCACAGAGCAGUGUCGCAGCUUUGUCUGAAAAUAGUUUACGGAGCAGCAGCGGUGCAGGUACAUCUCAAGCAAGCCACGAGGAAGCAGACUCAUCAGCUGUGUUAGAGUCAAUUAAACCAGCCCCAGAUCAGAGGAUGCGGGAACCGAAAGGGACAACUGCACUUCCAAAAGUUGUUGUAUACCCAGUAAAUGUCUCCCCUUUGAGGGCAGAUAGCCCAAGAGUUACAUGUGCAGCACCUGAGCAAGCGGCUGCACAACGGCAAAGAGAGUUCCAGACUGCCAAUAUGAGAUCAAGCUUGACAAUCUUGUCAUCUCUUAAAGAGGUGGAUGGUACAAAUCCCUCACUCGAUACUGUAAGCGAAGAUGAAGAUCAACAGUGCAAGUCUCCACUGUUGGGUGGACAUGCUCAGCUUCAAAGGCAACAAGCAACGGACUUCUCCCAACAGCAGCAGGUCAAGUGUCUACUAAGUCCUCGCAGUUUGGGAAGUACAGAUUCUGGCUACUUCUCACGUUCUGAAAGCGCUGACCAGGCAAUGAGUCCACCCAGUCCAUUUGUUAAGAUAACUCCACCAGUGGACAUUGACAUUGCCAAGAAUACUCUUCCCCAUGUCCCUCAUGCGGUUGCCACAGUAAUGCAUGUAGCAGCUGAGCAAACGUCACAAGCCACAGAAGGACAAAUGCGUCCACCAUUAGAAGCCAAAGCACUCUCUCUGGAAGAACGCAUUUCAAAGUUGAUAUCUGAUAAUGAGGCAGUUGUUGACAACAAGCAGCUGGACAGUGUAAAGCCAAGGAGGACAUCUCUCUCAAGGAGAGGUAGCAUAGACUCCCCUAAAUCAUACAUAUUUAAAGACUCUUUUCAGUUUGAUCUUAAACCAAUGGGAAGAAGGUCAAGUUCCAGCUCAGACAUCCCCAAGUCCCCAUUCACGCCUACAGAUAAAUCAAAGCCAGUAUUUCUUCUCUCUGUACCUUCUCAAUACCCACCAAUGGAUUGUUUGCCAAUAACAAGAAGUAACUCUAUGCCCACUACACCUGGACACUCUGCUCUUCCCCUUAAUGUUGCCCCCCUCCCCCAUCCUCUGCGAAUUUGCCAAUCAUUUGAUGACAAAAUAAGUUUGUUUAAUGAUGAUGUAUUUUCAUCAACCCCAUUAACUCCAAAUCCAGCAAUACAUUCUCGUACCUUAGUCAGACAAUCAGCAGUGGAGGACUUUACCACAAAUGAUGGGCAUGGCCUCCCUACUGUACGCUCUAUGGACGAGGGCUAUCAUGGUCCAGGCAAUUCCACAGAGCUGAUAAAAAGAAGCAAAUCUUUUGAGCACAGUCAAGACAGAAACAGAAAGCCUCAGCAGAAUAAAGGCACAAUGUAUGAGUGUGAAACGUGUCGUAAUCGCUACAGAAAGUUAGAGAAUUUUGAAACUCACAAGAAAUUCUAUUGCUCUGAACUUCAUGGUCCGAAAAACAAGCCAAUUACGGCUAAAGAAACUGAUCAAAAUGUUUGUCACGUUAACAUAAUGCAGCCCAUAGUCCCUAGAUCAACUAGUGGCUCAGGAGUACCUGAUCAACAGACAUCAAUUAGGAAGAGAAGGAAAAUGAAAAGUGUUGGCGAUGAGGAUGAUCAAUCUCCCACUGACACCAUUCCACCUUGUUCAGUUAGUUUUGAGCUACCAACAACUCUAGACAGGCAGACCUUUUCUCAGCAUGCUGUAAUAGUAGACAUACAGCCCAAAAACAACCAGUCAAAGCUUACUCAAAUUCAGCUUGUAGCAAGAGGUAAUAAUACUUCAGAUUCUAGACUGUCACCAAUACGAGAGACCCAGAUCAGCACCUCUCCUAAAGGAGACUUGCAAAGGCAAGGCAGUGGUACUUCAGUCAUUAGACACACCAACUCUCUCAGCAGACCCAAUUCAUUUGAGACGGAAUCAAUUGACAGGGCCUCUCCUGUUGAUAUUUUGGAGAAGGAUCCCCUCACCAAGCUCAAAACAGAUGCAAUAGUAAAUGUCUCUGCCGAACGCUACCAUGAAAACAUUUCCAAACCCAAGAGUGCUGACUAUGGAAAUCAAAGUAAGGAACAAUGCACUGAUGGCUCCAUAGCAGCAACUGGUGAAAAUUCUACUCCUGUCCAUCAGUCUCGUUUGGUUCGUCAAAAUAACAUCCAAGUUCCUGAGAUUCUGGUCACAGAGGAGCCUGACAGAGAACAUGAAACCCAGACUACUGAGCCAGCAGAUAAGCCUGCAGAUCAGUUUAACUGGCCUCCGAGAAGUGAGAGUUUGUCGAAGUUACCAGCGGAGAAACUUCCACCAAAAAAGAAAAGAAUUCGUCUAGCUCAAAUGGACAACUCCUCAGCUGAAUCCAGUUUUGAAUCCAGCCUCUCACGAAGCCUCAGCAGGGACAGUAGUCUUUCUCGUUGUUCCAGCAUCUCAGCCUCUUUUGACAGAGAUGAGACAUCAAGGUCAGAGAGCCCUUCUAGAGGGGAGUGUGUCAGCAAAGUUCCAGAGCCUCAAGGUUUGCCAACAGCCUUCAACACUCUAGGUGUGCCUGGAAUGAUGAGGCGUGCAGCAUCUGAACAGAUCACCUGCACUCAACCCUCUGUAGAGAUUUCAUGUGACUAUCGUAGCAAGUCCUUUGACUGUGGCAAUGUAUCUCCCAGCAGAUCUCUGUCACCUGCUGGCCAGCCAAAAAGUGGGCAAAUAUUCCAAGUUGCCCAGGUGCCACUUAUUGAAAGGAGGCGGGGGCCAUUAGUUCGCCAAAUGUCUUUAAAGAUAGGCCCAGAGAGUCAGCAGCCUGUUCGUAAAGCUGUCAUACCUCUAGAUAAACCCCCCAUUACAAAUGUUAGCUCUUUAACGCAGAAUAGAUCCCAGCAGAUUCACAUUGCCAGUAGGCGUACCAUGGCUCAGCCUUUUAUUCUGCAUACUGGAGAAGCACCCUUGCAAAAGAAUGAGCAAAUUGUGCAAAGCAUUCAUUUGGGUAGCCUAACUCAGCAGCCUCAAGUCCAUGGCCUUCCACACCCGUGGCAUCAAACAUCAAGGGUUCAAAUAUGCCAAAAGCUACAACAACCGCUGAGCCAGAUCUUAGUUUGUCGAGAGAACGUCCAAAACAAAGCAGCCGACCCUGAAGAGAAGAAAAGUUUUGUGCCCAAAUACCAACUGCAGUGUCCUGCUCUGAGAGCAAGCCAAACCUUCUCAUUCUCCAGCACACAGGGAAGUCAGAUAGCCUUGCCAGUUUUAACAAUACCUACUGCCAAUCCAGUUUUGAGCGUUUCAAAAUCGUCAGAUGUACUCAAAAAUGUAUAUGUUGGUCAGCCCAACCAACAGGCCUCCGAGAUUAAGGCACAAACAUUUUUUUUGUCAGGUGUGCAGCAAAGGGACACAAUUGGUCAGAUCCAAGCAGGUGCUAUACCAUUGCCACAAAUCCUCAUCACUCAUGAGCAGAUGCACCCUGCUCCCUCUGUGUCCAAAAAAAAUAGCUUGUCAUCCACUCACAGUGUAGAGAGUGAUAAUCAUGCUAUACCAACUGCAAAGAAGGAUGGGACUCAAAUUCAAACAGUUAGCACAAAGAAACUGGCAUCAGUGACUCUAUGCCCACAGCAGGAACCCACUGCCUCAAGUAAACGAAUGUUGUCACCUGCCAACAGCUUAGACAUCUACAUGGAGAAGCACCAAAAACGGGCUAAGGAUGAGCAUGGUGUGGCCUGUCUUACUGAUGGCAGGUCAGUCAAUUAUCUUAAUUGCAAGAUGUCAGAUGUUACCAGGCAGCGGAAGCUUACACUUGUUAGGCAGGUUUGCACAACUGAACCGGUUGACAGUCCUAUUGAGACUGAAGCCCCACCUCUGCCACAAGUUGCAACCGAUGGUGAGAAGGACUUACAGGCUACUGAUGAUGUUAAGCCUAUGUCACCUGACAGUGCUGGGCUAAAGAAAGACACAAGCACUGUUAUUCAUGAGGAGGCAGGCCCUGCACGGAUUACUACAUUUGGUAGCCAGGGCACCUCCAUGUCAGCUAGUAACACUCUAAAACCCCAAGAGAAAGCUGAGGAACAGAGAUGGACUCCUGCCAAAUCUCCUAUUAGGCCAUCCAGUUUCCACGGUGGCCAGGUGAAACUGACCACAUCUGUGUCUGUGGUUAACACAAAAGACAGUCAUCGACUGUCUUUUCCAAGCCUGAAGACUGCCACCACUUUUACAUGGUGUUUCUUGAUGAAGAGGAAACCUCUUCAUGUUCCACAGACUGACCUGAAGACUUCAGCAUAUGCUGUCUGGACUGUCAGCCCCAACAACCAUAACCCUCUUGGGUUGCCCACCAAGGUGGUCAUGUCUCUGUUUGACUCCAAGCAGAGUUCCAAGAAAAUACACUACACCUCGGCCAUAAGAACGAGCGGGAAAUCUGACAUCUUGUCUUAUUCAGACAAGCUAAAAGACGUUAUGCCCAAGGUACCAAUAACCCAGAAGUCUAUAUCAGUUGAAACGAGGAACAAAGUGAAACCAGAAACUCAGGCCAGCAACGAGUCGGACAAGGACGUGGUAUCUAAAACAGAACCAAGACGGGUCAAAAUAUUUGAUGGCGGAUACAAAUCUAAUGAAGAGUAUAUUUACGUCCGUGGACGUGGACGCGGUAAAUACAUCUGUGAGGAAUGUGGGAUCCGUUGCAAGAAGCCAAGCAUGCUACGCAAACACAUCCGCACCCACUCGGACGUCCGGCCAUACCACUGUGUCCACUGCAACUUCUCUUUCAAGACAAAAGGAAAUCUGACCAAGCACAUGAAAUCCAAGGCCCAUAGUAAGAAAUGCAUGGAGAUGGGGAUCCCUGCGGGUCUCAUUGAGGAUCAGGAUGCAGAAGAUUCAGGAGACCGGAGUCAGGUGAGCAGCGUUGACCGCCAAGAUUCAGAUGGUGACGACUCCGAUGGCCCUGAUGAUGAGGAGAAUGAUGAUAACGAGGAGGAAGAGGAGGACAGCCAGGCAGAGUCUGGCCUGUCCACCAACCCUUCCUCCUCUGCCAGCCCUCAGCAUAUUCAUUCCAAAGAGGCUGAAGUCCCUCCUAGCGCCCUCCUAGCCCAGAUGUCAAUCAGCACAGUCGCCUUUACUCUCUCCCAGCCUCCAGCUCCCGAAUCCCACACAUCAGACUCUGAAUCUGUCCCCAUGAUGAGCCCUGUUUCCCUGAGCAAGCAAAUGUCUAUCUCUGGGUCCUGCUUCAGCUCAAUGCGCUUCCCUUACUCUCCUCCGCCUGUUAACAUCCCAUCCGACUCCUACACCUCCGACACAGAGUCAGUGCACAUGAUGAGCCCAGUGUCCCCAUGCAGGCAGAUGUCCAUCGACUACCCUGACUUUGAUGUGCCCCCUAGUCCCCCAGUGCCAAGCAAGAGCUCCAAGCUAGCCCAGGACACUUCGGCACCUCCUGCUGUGGCAGUCCCUGAAUCGGGCAUACCAGUGAACCGCGGCACUCAGACAUCCUCUUAUCCUUCUCAAGGUCUAAUGCACUUUCCCCCACAGAGUCUGACCCGAACACCAGGAACAGACACUCAGACCCACCUGUUCAGUCACCUGCCCCUGCACUCCCAGCAGCCCUCUCGUUCCUCUUACAGCAUGGUCCCAGUUGGGGGGAUCCAGCUGGUGCCUGCUGGCCUGGCAGCUUACUCCACCUUUGUACCAAUCCAGGCUGGCCCCUUGCAGCUCACCAUCCCAGCAGUGAGCGUCAUUCACAGGAACACAAGCCCCUUACCAGCUUCCAACACUCCAUCACAUCCAGAGGGUUUGCAAACCCAGCCUCUUGUUGUCCAGGAACCAAUCAGUAGUGUGGUGCCCUGCUUCCCCUUAGGGCAGGUCACUGGCCUACCGACUCCAACAAUACAGCCAGUAGGUCUGGAGACAAUUAACCUAAUGGGGCUGACUAAUACAGGCCUGGCAUCCACCCAGCUACUGUCUCAGCAAGGGCUCACCCUUAAUGCCACCCUGCAGGUUUUAGCUGCCAACCCCACCUCACAAAGCAGCCCCCAGACACACGUCCCAGGUCUGCAGAUAGUAAACAUUGCCCUGCCGGCCAUCAUUCCUUCUCUCAGCCCGCUGUCCACCCUCAGUCCUGUCCCUGGGUUCUCAGAGAGACAGGGCAGUCCUGAAGCUCCGGGAGUACAGCCAUCUCAAAGUGAACAUUGGCUGGGUUCUUUAAGGAGUUGCAUGCUGCCUGCUUUACCGCCCACCUCUUUUAAGGUCAGUAGCUUCCCAGAAGUGACCUCAGGCAGCAGGCCUAGUCCUGAAGGCAGCAGCAGAGCAGAGCUCACACAGACUAUGGAGAGGCAAGAAAAGGAUAAAUCCCCCCAGCAGCAUCGGUCACCAGCUCCUGACAGACAAGCAGACGGUGCUAUAGAGUCAUCAGUUGAAGGAGCCAGUGAUCCUGCACCUCCAAGACCACCCCCAGUGACCAGUUGGCAGAAGGUAAUUGAUGACUAUAAUGAGGUAUCCAGUGAUGAUGAAGACAGACUGGUCAUUGCUACCUAAAAACCCCACAUGAAAAGCUCUUCUGGUUCCCUUUUUGUAAUUCUUGUCACUUUGUAAGACUGAAAACACUUUUUAGGGGUUUGUUUCCUUGCAAAUCACCUUUCAAAGCACAGAUGCUGACAUUCAUAUUGUAUGUGCAAUCAUAAUUAUAAUAAUGACCAAUCAUUUUCUUUCUUUAUUGUCAGCUCCAGACAAUUUCCUUUUUGUACAUGUUGUAUAGACAAUUGUGCCUUUAUGGAGUUUCUUAUUUAGGAACCUGUACAUAAUUCCUUAUAAAUUCAGUGGUUGCUUGUGUUUAUUUCAAAAAAUAGAAGUAAAGAAAGGCAUACAAAUGGAGGAUAUCUAUUUUAUUUUGGAGGAUUUGUCAUCCAUAAAUUUAUGGAAUAAUGAAUGUUGUACUGGUAUAUGUACAUUUCUAUGGAUUAUGGGGCAAUGUUUCUGUGUACAGAUAUUGUGUUCGACUAUUUAUUAUAAUCCAUCUAGUGCCCAUUAUGAUUCAUAAGUCCAUAGGUAUGUGCAUUAUGGUAGCUUUACAUUGCUGUAUCAAUAUUCUUAACUGUAUCAGUAAAACUUUGUUUACAAACAUUAAA